AUGGUCAACUCUGACUUUGGUCAACUCUCUUCUUGGUCAAGGAAAGCUUGUAAAGCGGCAAACGGGUUCCUGAUCCUGGUCUUUUGGAGCAUUCUGGAGCAUAUGGGACAUAAGGAGCAUGGAGGGACUUGGCACAUGGAAGCAGCUCAACUGGAUACGCAAAGGAAGAAGGGAGAAGCCAUCUUGAAGACCAGCUCGACCGUCCACUCGACCAACCGGUCGAGUUCCUCAACUCGACCGGCCAAGCUUCAACUCGAUCGAGCUGGAAGUCAAAGUCAAACCCGAAAAAUGUUGCUUCCCCCUUGA